UAGCAGACAGCUUCUCGGUGUGGGCAUUGACUAUAAAAUCGAAGUAGAGAAACAGCUUGUAACAGUUUUUUGUGUGCUUUGUUUUACCAAGGCCGUGGUUUGUGUAAUAAAUAAGGCUUUUAAUUGUUAUUUGAAUUAGCGUAUCUAAAAUAAAAUGAUACUACGUUCCCAUAAAAUGCAUUCCAAUCAGACGAUUUCCAAAGAUGCUAGGCCUAAACCUGAACAAGAGGAAGACCUGCUGGACGAUGGAAGCAGCAGUACUGCUGCUCAUGUUGAAGAGAGAAAGCCAAUUUUGACAGAUUAUAACGCUGGAGAUAUGCAUGAUUCCGCAGAUAUGGAUGGACGUAAAAGAGCAUACGGUAGUCGAGUUACUAGACGGUCCAUGAAAGUUCGUUUAUUAAAUGUUGAUGUAGUAACAGUAGUUUACAUUAAUAUGUUUUUUUAUUCGACUUGUUUCUGGAUUCAAACAGGAGUCUUACCGUACCUUACUCGAUCAUUGAAUCUUGAUACGGUUGCUUUUGGCUACCUGCAAACAAUGUUUCAUCUUAUACAAUUAAUAGGUGGCCCCUUGUUUGGUCGGUUUGCUGACUUGUAUGGUGGACGUGUAGCACUAAGCUGUGCAUUUGUAUCAGCUGCGGUGAUGUAUGGCACUCUUGGAGCUGCGACAUCUUCAUUUGGUGUUUUCAUUUCACGUGUGCCUUCUUUAUUCCUUCAUGCAUACCAUGCUUCUCAGAUGAUUAUUGUAGAUGCCACUGAUCCGUCAAAACGAGCUGCUGCCUUAGGUCGCAUUUCAUUAUCAUAUGGCUUAGGGAUGGUCAUUGGUCCAUUAAUUGGUGGUCAGAUAGCUAGUAAAUUUAGUGAGCAGUGUGCAGCUUUCGUAGCGUGUGCAGGCUCUAUUCUUAGCGUUGCAAUCGUCUUAAAAUUCAUCCCAGCAAAUACAAAAGAUCAGUCUAGAGUUACAAGUGGAAAACAUGUUAAUGAAGAAUCAAAGUCUUCCGAGGGAGUUUUCAGCAUAUCAAAGAUGAUUUCACUUCUCACUCAAUCACCUGGUGCCAUUUUCUUCCUCUUCUAUAUGUUAAUAUCCGGUGCUCCUAGUAACUUAUUCCAAAGUAUGCUCUCUGUGAUCACAAUGGAAACAUUUGCUUUAACUUCGGAUCAGACAGGUUUCCUACUUUCAAUUACAGGAGUAAUUUCAAUGCUUGUUCAAGGGAUUGGAAUUGGUAUUCUUACCAAGAGGUUUAGUGAUUCAAGUAUUCUUAAUGGUUCUAUCAUUCUCCUGCUUGCCUCAUAUCUAUUACUGUGUUUUGUGUCCGACAUAAAGCAUCUGGUUUGUGUUCUCAUUUUGAUGACUUGUGGUCAAAGUGUCAUCGGUACACUUCUCACAAGCUCUCUGACAAAGACAGUCUCGGUGACAGAUACAGGUACAAUGCUAGGCCUUGGACAUGCUUGCCAAUCCCUAGUCUCAACCAUUUCACCAACCAUCGGAGCCUACCUGCUAGAGCAGUUUGGAAUCACUUCAUUUGGAAUUGUUGGCGUUGUUGUAUACACACUUUUGCUGCUGACGCCAAAGAGCUAGUGCUCAGAGCAAGGGAGACUAAAGGUUGUAAGUUUAGUUAUCAUAAUUUAUAAGUGAUUAAUGUUUCAUUGUAAUACAAUGGGGAACAUGCCUCUUCCACCCAGGAAUAUCCACUGCAGAAUAUAUAGCUGAAAACUAUUAAAGUUAUGAAUUAUGAUACUGGUUAUUAUUUAAAUUUAAAUAUUCAUACUGUAUAUGUACUGUUAGACUUACCACAUUGAAAAACUGGAGUUGAAUGUCCUAUAUGAGUUCAUACCUAAACACCAUUUAAAUAUUUAUUCUUAAGAUUUUUUGGAAAAUGUAUGCAUUUGUUAAUGCUGAUAUUUUUUUCCUGUAUGUGUUAUCUAAAUGAUUAUAAUAACUAAUUUUCACUCAAAACAAAUUUACAAAAUGAAAAAGUUUUGAAAAAAAAUUGCGAGACAAUGUUUUAGCUUGGUGGUUAAGGUGCCUGCCUUCCUAUUUCAGGAUUCUGGGUUCAAAUCCGGUAAAAAGCCUGGAUUUGGUUUUCUCCACAGUCCUCCUCCAGCUCAUUCUUGGAUGUCAUUGGGUGGGUCAAUCCAGCCCCAAUUGAGCCUGCAAGUCUGUUCAUUUACCCUUUUCUUAUCAGUUUUUUCCCCAAAGUAGUUUGUAAUAGUACAGUAUAAUCUUUUGGUGUUGUAUAGUUUUCAUGAAGACAUCACUAUCAAACAAUAAUGGUACAUUUCUUUUUGCAUGUAUGUCAGCACAGGCCUACUAUUUAAUUUUUCCCUAAUUUUCUAAUAGUGUACCUUUGAAAUUCAAAUACUAAAGCGCAAUAUUUGAGUUUCGUACUUUUUAUUUAGGGAUGUCAUUUGCUGAUUUUUUUUUAAAUUAUUGUUGAGAGCUAUUU